AUGGAGGGCUCUGGCAAUUCUGAUGUAGGUUGUGACCAAGGAAGUCUAUUGGUGACUCCAUAUUAUACUCCGUAUCAGAAGCAGAUAUUGCAGAAGUCUGGACUUCAACCUGUCAAUAUGGACUUGUCUCCUAGCACAGGUGGUGAUAGCACUGUGGUUUCUACCAAGGAGGGCUCUGGAUCGCCUUCCUCAUCAUCCUCAGAUUCAGCUGAUCUGGAGCAACAAAUUCAAAUAGUUGGUGAGGAAAAAAUAGAUAAUAUAUUGUGGGCGAGAGGGAAUGAAAGUUAUGAUGAAUUGCUCAGAGAAUUCAUUAAAAAUGAGGAAGAGCUUAAAGUUUCCAACUUUAAACUUCAGCUCUCAGAAACGGAGAUUGUCAAUUUGAAGAAUCAAAUUGAGAAAAGAGAGGAUCAGCUUGAUAAUGUGCGGAAAGAAUUAAAAAUGAAAGAGGAUAAUCUUGAAUAUGAAAAAGGGAAUGUACUGGAGUUGCAAAAACAAACGGCUGAUUUGGAAACUCAUGUUCCAGAUUGUUGCUACAAGAUUGCGAAGUUGGUGGAACAGCUGGAGUUAGCCAAUGAACAGCUUAAGACAUCGAAUGAUGAAAUUGCAAGAUUAAGAGAAGAACUUAGGAGUAAGUCAUCUGAUACUCAUGAGUUGCAAGGUCAGCUUGAUGUGGCACAGGAAAAUGUGGCCACUUUAGAAUGCCAGCUUGAUUCAGGAAGAAAGCAGAUUGGGGAGCUAGAAGACAGGAUUACAUUGUACAAAGUUAAUGAAACUAACCUUGAGCUUGAGGUGCAAAAAUUGAAGGCUGAAAUGCUUGAUGCCCAGGUACAGUUCUCUCUGGAGAAAGAUCAGUUGCAUUCUGAUUUUGUGAGUUUAUCAGAAGUGAAAAUACAGUUGGGCUCUAGACUCGAGGAAUGGGAGUCUCGAAGCAAUGCAUUAGAAAACAAAUUAAGGCAAUUCGAAGCUGAGAAAUUGAAACUAGAAGAGCUGCAUGCUAGUCAACAAAUGGUUUUGCAAGGUGAAAUCAGUUGUUUGAAGGAAGAACUUGGUCUGAGAAGACAUGAUGUAGAAGCUGUGAAUAAUGAAUUUGACAGGCAUAAGCAGAAAUAUGACCUGCUCAUGACUGAAAGAGAUGGAGCCAAUGCUAAGACUCAUAAACUUAUGGCUGAGGUAAGCUUCCGAGACAAUCAAAUUGCAAAUUUUGAGAGAGAGCUAUUCCAGCUAAGCGCACAACAGGCAGAGUUGAUCUCUGGGUCUGAAACGAGACUGAAUCUAGUAAAUGAGUUGAAUCUGAAAGUUGAAGAGCUUGAAAAAGAGGUGACUAGACAGAACGCUGUGAUCUCAGAUCGGGCUGAGGAGAAGAGGGAGGCAAUUCGGCAACUAUGCUUUUCUCUUGAUCAUUAUCGGAGUGGAUAUCAAGAACUUCUUCAAGCAUUUACUGGGUACAAGCGUCAUGCUGUUAUAGCUUCCUAAGUUGUGUUCAGUUGUGUCUUAUCGUUUUAAUAUGUACUGUAGAUCUUUGCAUAUUAUCAAUUUUGCAUGACUUUCUAUUAUUGCUGU